GAUUGGAAAGCUCACCAGUUGAUACGAGUGCGUCGUGCGUGCUGUGUCGUCGUUUUUCGCAGGGCACAUUGGACACUGUUUUCUGGGAUUGCUACAGUGAACAUUUCUGUUUGUCAACGGGAUUUGCGAAGUGCAAUAAGUGUUUUCGGUUGGACUUUUUGUUCCCCCCUCAGGUGUGCAAAAACGAUGAGUGGUUCCGGCAAAGGAUUAUUGGGAUUAUGGCUGUACCAUAGCGGCGAUCAGGAGUGGGCCGUUAAGGAGGGCAGCCCGUUACAUCGGCGGAAGGAAUUUGCUAAAUCGGCCGACCACAGCAAUGGCAAUGAGCGCAACGGAUCCGACCGCACGUCGAUCAUCUUCACGCUGAAGAACCAAAUCGGUGGUCUGGCCAGUGCGCUGCGCGUGUUCCAGGAGCUCGGCAUCAACGUGCUGCACGUGGAGCUGAACAAGAGCGGCGAAAUGUGCGACAGUGCGGACGUCCUGGUCGACAUCGAGUGUGAUGCCAACCGGCUCGAGCAGGUGCUGCGACUGCUAAAGCGCGAAGUGCAGUCGGUUAACUACGCCGCCCAGAUUAGCAGCGAUGGACCACCGCCAACGCCACUGUCCGCUUGUGGUAGUUUCGAUUUCGGCGAGAUGCAUUGGUUCCCGCGGAAGAUAUCCGACCUGGACCGGGCGCAGAACGUGCUGAUGUAUGGCAGCGAGCUGGAUGCGGACCAUCCCGGGUUUAAGGAUCCGGUGUACCGCAAGCGUCGAGAGCAGUUUGCGGCCAUUGCCAACUCCUACAAGCAUGGCAGUCCCAUCCCGAGAGUUCAGUACACACCGGAGGAAAUCAAAACCUGGGGUACGGUGUUCCGUGAGCUGCACAAGCUCUACAUCAAGCACGCCGUGCCGGAGUAUCUGGAGAACUGGCCCGAGCUGGUGAAGUACUGCGGCUACCGGGAGGACAAUCUGCCCCAGCUGCAGGACAUCAACGUGUUUCUGAAGCGCAAAACCGGCUUCCAAAUCCGCCCCGUUGCCGGUUACCUCUCACCGCGCGACUUCCUGUCCGGGUUGGCGUUCCGGGUGUUCCACUGCACCCAGUACAUCCGCCACUCGUCCGAUCCGUUCUACACGCCCGAACCCGACUGUUGUCACGAGCUGCUCGGGCAUAUGCCGCUCCUAGCCAACUCGAGCUUUGCGCAGUUUUCGCAGGAGAUUGGGCUCGCUUCGCUCGGUGCGUCCGAGGAGGAUAUUAACAAGCUGGCGACGCUGUACUUCUUCACGGUCGAGUUUGGGCUGUGCCGUCAGCAAGAUGGCAGCUUUAAGGUGUUUGGGGCCGGGUUGCUUUCGUCGGUGGCGGAGCUGCAGCACGCAAUCACCACGACGGAUAAGAUCAAGCGGUUCGAUCCGGAGGUGACGUGCCAGGAGGAGUGCAUCAUCACAGCGUACCAGAACGCGUACUACUACACGGACUCGUUCGAGGAGGCGAAGGAGAAGAUGAGGGCUUAUGCGGACACCAUUCAGCGCCCGUUCGGUGUGCGGUACAAUCCGUACACGCAAACGGUGGAGGUGCUGAGCAAUGCGAAGAAGAUCACGGCCGUCGUGAGUGAGCUGCGCGGUGAUCUGAGCAUUGUUUCGUCCGCCCUGAAGAAGGUGUCCGCGAUGGAUGAAAACCUGGACGUGGAAAAGAUUGAGAAGCUGCUGUCGAGCAGUUUGCAUGUGUGCGAUAAAACACUUAAUCCGGAAGAACCCGACGGACCCGAGCAGACUUCAAGUACACCCAAUAAAGAGUAGAAACGCUCAAAGGGAACUGGAGAAGAAACGAAACAUUAGUUCGUCCUGCAUGCUGCAACACGUUUACACAAAAUGUACAAUAAAAAGACAAUGGUGAACGGUGGAAAGGUGGAGGUUGGUGGGCGAGAAGCUAGUCAGAGCGUUGCCGUAAUUCGAUUGCCGUCUCUUGCAAAAUGACUCAAAUUUCCUUAACUAUACAAUCAACGAAUGGGCAGUGGCUGUUGGGCAACAUUCAGUGAAAGAAAAGAUAAUCUAUAUGUCAUGAUUAGAUGUGAACUGUAAAAUAACUCUUAACCUUUUCUGUACAAUCCAAUGAAUAAAAUGCGUAAAGCAACAAGUUGAGAUAAACGGCAA